AUGGCAUUUGGAGCACCAAGAGGUAGAGGCGGAAGCCGUGGAGGCGGCCGUGGCGGAUUUUCAGGAAGAGGUGGCCGUGGAGGUGCAUCAGCAGGCAGAGGUGGUCGUGGUGGAGCUAGAGGUGGUGCCAGAGGUGGCGCUAGAGGUGGAAGAGGUGGUGCCAGAGGUGGAAGAGGUGGCGCACGUGGUGGAGCUAGAGGAGGAGCCAAGGUUGUUAUCGAGCCACACAGACAUGCUGGUGUUUUCAUUGCCAGAGGAAAAGAAGAUUUGUUAGUCACCAAAAACAUCGCUCCUGGUGAAUCGGUGUAUGGCGAAAAGAGAAUAAGCGUAGAAGAACCAGCCAAGGAAGAAGGAUCAGCUCCAACUAAAAUUGAAUAUCGUGUAUGGAAUCCUUUCAGAUCCAAGUUGGCCGCUGGUAUUAUGGGUGGUAUUGAUGAAUUGGGUGUUGCGCCAGGAAAGAAAGUUUUGUAUUUGGGUGCUGCUUCAGGUACCUCUGUUUCCCAUGUUGCUGAUGUCGUUGGACCGGAAGGUUUAGUAUACGCUGUUGAGUUCUCCCACAGGCCCGGUAGAGAGUUGAUUGGUAUGGCCAAGAAAAGACCAAAUGUGAUCCCCAUCAUCGAUGAUGCCAGACACCCCCAGAAGUACAGAAUGUUGGUGGGAAUGGUUGAUUGUGUUUUCGCUGAUGUUGCUCAGCCAGAUCAAGCUCGUAUUAUUGCUUUGAAUUCACACUUGUUUUUGAAAGAUGGUGGUAUUGUGGUUAUAUCUAUCAAAGCAAACUGUAUCGAUUCAACUGUUGAUGCUGAAACCGUUUUCGCUAGAGAAGUACAGAAGUUAAGAGAAGAGAGAAUCAAACCAUUGGAGCAAUUGACAUUGGAACCAUACGAAAGAGAUCAUUGUAUCGUUGUUGGUCGUUACAUGAGAAGCGGAAUCAAGAAAUAA